ACUCCGUGUUCACAGGUGGAGUUAGUCGGAUAUGGCCACAUGAUCUCCGCGGCAGACUGAGAUCCUCCAUUGACGAUCCGUCCCUCGGCUCACACUUCUCAGCUCCGUCCGAGUUGACUCACCUCCCCAUGCCCGCCGACCUCCAUGGACUACUCGAACCUCCUGCCCCGGUCCUCCUCGGCCGCCUACUUCCCGCCCCACCGGACUCAGCUCCACCCCCGCAUGCACUCCUUCUCGUCUACCCUGAGCCCUAACCCUAGGAAAUCCCCCUCCAAGUUUCUCCUCCUUCUCGUCCCCCUCUUCACCGCCCCCUUCCUCUUCUUCCUCUUAUCCACCGCCCGGUCCGUCCACCGGUCCUCCAAGUUCACCGAUCCGAAGCCGACGUUCUUCGGCGCUGCAAUCAAUGUCGGGCUCUACUCCUCGAGAAUCCGCGUGUUCGAGUUCGUCAACGAGGGGGAGCUCCCGACGGUGGCGGUUGACGGAUCCGCAAUGGUCCGGGCUGGUUUGGCGCACUUCGGGGAGGAGCCGGAGAGGGCGGGGAGGGAGAUCUCCGAGAUGGUCGAGUUCGCGGAGGGGAGAGUGCCCGUGAAGGAGUGGAGUAGCACUAGGGUCGUGCUGUUGGUGAGCGGAGGAUUGGAUAGGGUGAGCUCGAAGAAGAGGGAUCGGAUUAUCAAGUCGUUCCGACAGGUUUUGAGGAAGUCGAGGUUUCUCUUUAAGGAUGAAUGGGUUCGAGAAAUACAAGGAGGAGAUGAAGGUGUUUAUGCUUGGAUUGCUGUUAAUUAUGUCCUUGGAAGCUUGAGAGGUGAACCUCGGGAUACCACUGGGGUAAUUGAACUUGGUGGUGGCAACUUGCAGGUUGCAUAUGCCCUGAGAGAUGCAACAGCAUUGCAAUCUUCACGGAUUAUCAGAUUGUUCGGAACUAAUUACAAUCUAUAUACUCAAAGUUUUCCCCAAUUCGGCCAGGACACCGUGUGGGAAUCCCUCAAUGAGCUUCACAAAUCUAAAGAGUUGACUUCUUCUUCACAAUUGAAGGAGAUGCUUUCUGGUAACCCUUGUGUUUCCAGAGGCUAUGAGCGCUCACCAGAUGCUAGCGAUACUAAGCUUGUAAGAUCUAAUACAUCUGGAAACUUUCCUGCAUGCAAAGCUGAGGCCUCAGCACUGCUGAAAGCUAGACAAGAUAAAUGCUCGCAACCACACUGUAAAAUUCUUCAGCCAUCCUUUUUGAAGUUACAGGAUAAGGCAAAUUCUCUCGAAAGCUUCUUCUAUACCAAUGAGAUUUUUGGGAUAUUCUCUAGCACAGGCUUGUCUGACUUGAGGGCAGCAGGUCAACAUUAUUGCGAGGAUGACUGGAACAAGUUGAAAAGUCAACACAACAACGUUGCUGACAGGGAUUUGCUGAGAUAUUGUUUCUCUUCUGCAUAUGCCGUGGCACUGUUGCAUGACAGGCUUGGAAUUCCUUUAACCGGUGAAAGGAUUGAAACGGCGAACAGGACUGGUAAUAUUAUUCCUCUUGACUGGACACUCGGAGCUUAUAUUGUCCAAACAAUGGUGGAUCCCGUGUACUCAGAACAGGACAACUUUGGCCAGAUUGUUGGGAACGAGUCAGUCACAUACUUCUCGUUAUUUGCCAUUCUUUUGGUAGUCGUUCUAGCUAUCGUAUUGAUUUUUCAAUGGCGAAAACCUCAGUUUAAGACGAUAUAUGAUCUUGAGAAAGGGCAUUAUAUUGUCACACGUGUACCGAGGUGAUGAUUUCCUACAUUGUUUAGUUUGCUUGAUUGUAUGUAUAUACAUUAAUGCACGAAAUGAAUGGAACCAAAUUUUUGUUCACGAGCA